AUGUACUCCAAGGUGUUUUGUUUAGCCGCUCUCAUCGCCGCUGUUGUGGCACAUGAGCACGGCCACGCUUACUCAUCUCAGCACAUCUCUCGCCAUGAUGGUAAACCUGAAAUAGUUCAUGUCGGUCAUGGGCAUGAUGAUUUUCAGGCUUACCCCAAAUACGACUUUGCAUACAAAGUUGAGGACCACCAUACCGGCGACAUCAAGUCCCAGCAUGAGAGCCGCGACGGUGACGUCGUGAAGGGCUACUACGCUCUACACCAGCCUGAUGGCUCUGAAAGGGAGGUGCAUUACCAUGGCGACAAGCAUACCGGUUUCCACGCUGACGUGAAAUUCGGUACGCAUCACAUCAUUCUGUGUAUCGCUGCCAUCGCUACUGUUGCUUUAGCGCAUGGCCACGUAGCCUACUCGUCACAGCACAUCUCUCGUCACGACGGUCAUCCUCACGUCGUGCAUGUUCAUGGACAUGGACAUGGCCACGGUCAUGUUGAUUAUCAUGCUCACCCAAAAUACCAUUUCGAAUAUAAAGUACAUGACAAACACACGGGUGACAUCAAGUCCCAGCACGAAAGCCGCAAUGGUGACGUUGUGAAGGGUUACUAUUCACUCCACCAACCAGACGGCUCAGUAAGGACUGUCCAUUAUCACGGCGACCACCACACUGGGUGUUGUGCUUCGCUGCCUUCGUCACGAUUGUCGUGGCUCAAUAUGGCCACGGACAUGGAUCUGCUUACUCGUCACAACACAUCUCUCGUCAUGACGGACAUCCUGAAAUUGUACACGGCCACGGCGGCCUAUCCCAAAUACGACUUCGAAUACAAAGUAGAAGACCACCAUACCGGUGACAUCAAAUCCCAGCACGAGAGCCGUGACGGCGAUGUUGUGAAGGGCUACUACGCUCUACACCAGCCUGAUGGCUCCGAAAGGGCAGUUCACUACCAUGGUGAUCACCACUCUGGCUUCCAUGCUGAUGUGAAAUACGACACGCAUCAUCUCGUCCCGAAACAUCAUCAUUAAGUGUGGAGGAUCAUUUAUGAUAAGCGUCCUGUGAUCUUUUAACGAUAUUUUUUUAUGUUUUAUUCUAUAAAUGUUGUUAUUAAUAAUUUCUUCUUGCAUUAUAUUACUAGUACUAUAAUAUU